AUGGUUUUCCGUAUCGAUUGUCAAGAUGCAUCGCUGGACCGAAAGUUCAAACUGUGGGAUGCGCAGCAUUUGUGCGGCCACCUGACAUACGAAUCAUACGAGCAGUCUGACCAUCUCAGAGGUGAAGGGUCACAUGUUGACAGCUUCGUUCUGGAGAAAGGCGAUUUGGUUCAAUUUCGAUGUAUUCUAUUGCCGCUAAACUUAUCUUCGCAUUCCGUAUUCCAUGGGAUAAUGAACGUGGCAUUUGUUGAGGAAAAGGAGACUGUGGCGGAGGAACACAUCAUAGCAUUCGAGUUGGUUCUACCAGAUGAUGAAUGCCGCGCAGCUGUAGCCUAG